GACGCCACCUCUCUCAAUUUUUUCUGAGGAAAUAAAGUUAUUAAAAAGUGUAUAAUUCAGACGAAAGGAAGGGCAGUAUUACUCACGCUGAAAUAUUGCGUUUUUAAGUUUUAUUAACACACACUGUAAUAGCGACUCUAGCUAACUUUGCUAAUUCUACGUGGCAAUCGCAAUAUCAACAAUACAAAAAUCACUAUAGCUGAUAAAAACGAAAAAAAAAAACAGUUUUACUUCUUAGACAAAAACAAAAACAUCACAAGAUCCUGCGUAUUUUUGCUCAAUGUCCUUUCUCAAUUUGCUUGCAUUGCUGCUUUGAUUAUCAACGCGCUCGCGGGACCAGGAAAAGGUACAUUUCAGCGCAGCACUGGAAAUAUUUCAGACAGAGAUCACUCCUGCUGGAUGGACUUUUUCGAUAUGGGGUGUCAUCUAUUCCUAGCUCUUCCUGAUGAACGCAUAUCCUGACCUGGCUCUGUAGAGGGUUGUACUCAAGUCCAGCAAUCCUGCCCUCUGAAUUCUUUCUCUCAUGGAUCAUCAACACGAUUCUGAACAGUACCUGGCUGGUCUUGUGGGAUAGAGAAUUGAUGAUUCCUGCACUGAUUGUUCUUGCCCUGAUUGCUUUCACCAACUACCUGAUGAUCUUCUUCUCUUGUAUUGGUCUACAAGCUCAUGGAUCUUGGCUUAAACCGCAGCACCCAAAAGACCUUUUCUGCAUCAUAGUGUUGGUUCAAAAUGGCAUUGCUACCUAUGCAGCAUGGACAACCAUUGCCACACUGCUCAACUUCACUAUUGUGUUGGAUCUAGCAUCAGUUUCCCCAACAAAUGCUGCUACAGCUUCUUUAUGCAUACUUCUGUUGGAAGUAAUUAUAUGGUUUACAGUUGAAAACUUUCUAAUAGAGAAGCAUGUCCGUUACAUCCUCACCGUUUACCCUGUGAUUAUCUAUGCUCUAAUUGGAAGCCUAAGCAAGCAUUACGACGCAGCAGCACCUGGCCGGAAUGCCAUCUUUUCAGAUGCUGUCUGUCCAGAUGUGUGAGGUCAUGUGGGAGCUGGAAGCGGAGAAAAGAGAAUGUUUGGCCAAGCUGGAAAACAUCACGUCAGGUUGUACAGGUGAAUGGGAUCUAGCAUGCUGGCCAUCAGCUAAGAUUGGAGAGUUGGUCACCAUCCCCUGUCCGAAUUACUUCAGCCAUGUCAGUGAUCAAAGAGGAAACAUAUCCAAGAGCUGUACUGCCAAUGGCUGGACAGAAAUAAACUCAGUUGUCGUUGCAUAUAACUGUGGCUAUGACCCCAAUAUCACAGAGGAUGGAAACGUGGGUGAAUUCCUGGGCUCUGUGAGAAUUGGAUACACUAUUGGUCACACUGUGUCUCUUAUAUCCCUCAUCAUCGCCAUCAUCAUUUUGUGCUUUUUCAGAAAACUCCACUGCACAAGGAACUACAUCCAUAUUCACCUGUUCAUGUCCUUUAUAAUGAAGGCUGUGGCUGUAAUUAUGAAGGAUAUAGUCCUGUAUGAGGUGGAGGAACCUGAUGACUGCCACUUUGGAUCUGUGGGCUGCAAGGCUGCCGUGGUUUUCUUCCAGUAUGGCGUCAUGGCCAGUUUCUUCUGGUUACUGGUGGAGGGUCUGUAUCUGCACGCUCUCCUGGCUGUAUCCUUCUUCUCUGAGAGGAAGUACUUCUGGUGGUACAUUCUCAUUGGCUGGGGAGUUCCAGGUGUCUUCAUAACAGUCUGGAGCAUCACAAAAGCUUAUUUACAUGAUAUUGGAUGUUGGGAUUUUAUUGACGAUGAUCUGUGGUGGAUUAUAAAAACCCCUACAUUGGUAACAAUACUGAUGAACUUUAUUCUCUUCAUUUGUAUCAUCCGGAUACUUCGUCAGAAAAUCAGCUGCCGGGAUAUUGGGAGAAAUGAAUCACACCAGUACUCGAGACUGGCAAAAUCAACUCUACUUUUGAUUCCCUUGUUCGGGAUAAACUACAUCCUCUUUGCCUUUAUGCCUCAUCACAUUGAGUCUUAUGUGCGUCUGGUAUUUGACUUGAUCCUGGGGUCUUUUCAGGGAUUUUGUGUUGCUGUCCUGUACUGUUUUCUAAAUGGAGAGGUUCAGUCUGAGAUCAGACGAAAGUGGAGGCGGUGGCACAUGCAGAGAUUUCUGGGAGCUGAUGCUAAGUACCAGCAGCCCUCGAUGGCAAGCAACGGCCUCAACUUCAGCUCGCAAAUCACCAUGAUGACAAAAUGCAGCCCCUCCACACGGCGCGCUUCUGCCUGUCAAGAUGACUUCUCCACCGUCUGAGUGCUGAGUGAUGCUCCGUCUAUGUCGAGUCACAGAAACCAAUGAGUCUGUGCUCUACCCGCACAGAAAGGCUGUCACCCGGACCACUCCCAUCAUCUGCAGGUUGCUGCUCCGCCAUCAUUCCUGUAGGAACUGUGCAUCUCACCGCUCAGUAGGAACGUGAGGGAAACCGUGCAGCUCAAGGCUUAUAGUGAUGGUUUGGCAUAUGGUGUAUCUUCGUAGCCAUUCUUUCACACAAAUCGAUCAGGAGAGAAAUAUGCAAGUAAAAAUGGACUCGUUGAUAUUUGAUUGUGUUUCAUCAAACUACUGACUCUGAAAAGCAAGUGACGCUGGCUUUAUAAGGAUGCGAUCAGAGCUCAUUUUGUUGCUGAGAAGACUCGUUUGAAUCAUGGUCGACAUCCAUUGCCCCAUUUUUGUGCACAACAAUACAUACGUUAAUCUUCAGCAUUAGAGUUGGCAUCUGUCUGUUGUGUUUUUCUGUUUUCCGUGCCCUCAUUAUGCUGCUCAAGAUUUCUCAGACUCUUAAUAAUAUGUAAAGCUGAAUGGUGACCAGGUUUUAUUUUUAUCUUCUUCCUUAUUCCUGGAAAAAAGUAAUGUGAUUUAGACUGUCUGACAUUCUGCUACAAUCCUGUUUUUGCAUCCUCCUAUUCGUGUCAUGUGCUUGUGUGUCUGUGUACAUGUGCACAAACACAAACGUCUCUCAUCGAGAGCCAUAAAAGCAUGCUUACUUGGGCAGCGGAAGCAUAGUGCGUCAUGCUGUAUGUUUUUAAUAAGGGUUUAUAGUGUAAUUUUAUAGUUCUAUGUGAAAAUUGACAUGGGUUGUGUAACUGUGCACUUGUCAACAUAAAAACAAUUGCAAAAGAUGCAUUUUUAUGAGAUUGGUCUUUCUAAAGAUUUUGAAUCGAAAAUCUUUUUAGCUGUCAAAAGUACAUGCGUAGUGUUAGUCGUAGUUGCUAGCAUGAAAAUGCUCUUGCAUGUUUGCAUGCACAGUUCUUGUACCUCAGUGUGAAUAAGAUGUACAUUUAAGAGAAAAUGUGUGUUAUUGCUGUAUUUUGAAAGUGUAUUGUGGAUAUUGUCAGAA